GCCAGAAGAAGGUUCUUUUGACCAUCCUGAUUACCUCAGUAUUCCCAAAGCCCAAAGUUGUUCAAGACAGCAACCGUGAGAGAUGGCUCGAACCAAGUGUACCGCCGGCAAAUCAACUGGAGGAAAGGCUCCUACAAAGUAUCUCAGGGCUCUCUAUGCCUCCGCUCGUAAAACAGCUCCCACAGUUGGAGGAGUGAAGAAGCCUCACCGAUAUCGCCCUGGAACCGUUGCUCUUCGUGAAAUUCACAAGUACCAGAAGGGCACUGAACUGCUUAUAAGGAAGCUACCUUUUCAGAGGCUCGUUAGGGAGAUUGCUCAAGUUUUCAAGACCGAUCUGCGUUUUCAGAGCCACGCGGUGCUUGCUUUGCAGGAGGCUGCGGAAGCAUACCUUGUCGGGCUAUUUGAGGACACCAAUCUGUGUGCCAUCCAUGCAAAACGUGUGACAAUAAUGUCGAAAGACGUUCAUCUGGCUAGGAGGAUCAGGGGUGAGAGGCUCUAAUUAGUCUACAGAGAUGGCUCGACAUCAACAUGCAUGCUGCUUUAUAUAUGAAUCAUGCAAGGAUUCAAGGCGGAUGGAGGACAAAGGACUUUAACUAAUAUUAGUUUGGUUAUUAUAGUCGUGCCAACACUUCUUAGAUCAUAAAUGUUUUCUGUUUGAACUAUAUAUAGACUAUAUAUUUUGAGAUGCG